AUGCGGCGCGGUCUUUUGAUUUUUAUCCUGAUCAAUCUUCUCAUUCUCUCUCUCCUGGUUCGCAAUGUCUCUACGCUGCUAUCGCUGCUCCUCGAAGAUGCCGUCGCCGACGCGAUUCACCGCGCCGAGUUGCCCCCGCCAAACUCUAGCAUGAUCGAACAACGCCCCCAGAUCAUCCCCAAGAUUAUUCACCAGACCUACAAAAGCGAGACCAUUCCCGAGGUCUGGGUCGAUGCCCAGCAGAGCUGCAUUGACCUACACCCGGACUACGAGUAUAUUCUGUGGACGAAUGAAAAGUCGCGCGACUUUAUCGCCGCCGAAUAUCCCCAGUUCCUCGAGACCUUUGACGGCUACAAAUACCCUAUCCAGCGCGCAGACUCGAUCCGUUAUUUCGUUCUGACCCACUAUGGCGGAACUUAUAUCGAUUUGGACGACGGUUGCAAUCGUCGCCUAGAUCCCCUACUCGCUUAUCCCGCCUGGGUGCGCCGCACCGUACCAACCGGUAUCUCCAAUGAUGCAAUGGGCUCGGUGCCCCAGCACCCCUUCUUCCUGCGCGUAAUUGAAUUACUCCAGCAGUACGAUCGCCAGUGGUUCCUCCCUUACAUCACCGUCAUGUACUCGACCGGACCACUGUUCCUGUCGGUCAUCUGGAAAGAGUACAUGCAAGAGCAUCCGUCCGAGAUGAGCCGUGUCCGCAUUCUCAUGCAGGACGAGUACAACAAGUGCUCCUGGAGUUUCUUCGCCUACCACACUGGAAACAGCUGGCACGGCAAGGACGCGCAUUUCAUUUUCUGGAUGGGUCAACACUGGAUGUUUCUCACCUUCUGCGGGUUCCUCCUCGCCGCCGUCGUCGGCUUCUUCCUCUUCUGGAUUUAUGGUCGCAUCGAGCUCCUAGGGGCCCAGUAUAGCUACCGCUACACAAAGGUCCCUUCAAUCAUCAGCCCGUCUCGCUUACCAUCCUCGCCUUCAAGACGCGCGCGUCGCAUGAUGACCACGUUGCUGCAGAGGGUAAGCUUUAAAAAAGACGAGAGAAGUGGCGGAGCCACCGAGACCUCGUACGAAUUCGGUCACCGCGAUGACUGA